AAUGUUGGACCGUCCUCCCUGACAUUCUACAGAUCACUUAAGAGUCAGAGAGGCCGAGGCCAGCCGGCAGCUCCAUGCCUGAGACUCAGCUCUGCCACAAAGUUAAGUCACACUGGACAAGUCACAGUUUCUCUCCGCUCAUUUCCUUCCUGCUCUCUAAAACCAGGGGAACAAAGGUGCUGUAUUCUUUGCAGAGUUGUGCGUGUGUCUGGAAGCUCCACUCCCUUGAGCUGCUAUUUGGUUAUUGUUAGUUGUUGUGGACUCAUAAAGGCCCCCAGUCUUGGUUCCCUUGAGAAAUGCAGGGAAGGAGGCACCCCCACAGUGAACGCCUCUUCUUCGCCAGAGACGCCUGAGAAUUCACAUCAGGGACACUUCACAUCAGGGACAGGCCGGGGCAGAGACCCUGACCUGAGGGAGGGACGAGGGUUGCCACGAGGAGGUAGGAAGGAGCCCUGCAUAGGAGGCUUGACACAUGGGCCCUAUUCCUGCCUCCAGCUCUGACUCAUCUUCUGACGCUUGGGGGAGGAGAGGUAGUUGCUUGGUAUUUUUGGCUUUCCCCCAUAAAACUGGAGACAGUUUCCUUCAUUCCAAGUCGUUUUAAUGUCAGUGUUGAACGUGUGUGUCCUGAGUUCUCAUCUGAAAGCUUUCAUAUCGGUUGACUGCAGAUUUGAUUUGUAUCCACUGUCACCAGCACUGCUCACUUAGGACUUUCUGGAUCCGGACCCAGGCAGCGCACACUGGACUCUUGAGGAAGAAGGAGACUCUAAUUUUGGAUUCCUUGGUGGAGGAAAAUAAAACACUCUGGUCUUGCCCCCAACGAUGCAAGUGUGACUGCUGGCGUCUUCAUGAGCUCCAGAGGUCACAGCACGCUACCAAGGACUCUCAUGGCCCCUCGGAUGAUUUCCGAGGGAGACAUAGGAGGCAUUGCUCAAAUCACCUCCUCUCUAUUCCUGGGCAGAGGCAGUGUGGCCUCCAAUCGGCACCUCCUCCAGGCUCGUGGCAUCACCUGCAUUGUUAAUGCUACCAUUGAGAUCCCUAAUUUCAACUGGCCCCAAUUUGAGUAUGUUAAAGUGCCUCUGGCUGACAUGCCGCAUGCCCCCAUUGGACUGUACUUUGACACCGUGGCUGACAAGAUCCACAGUGUGAGCAGGAAGCACGGGGCCACCUUGGUGCACUGUGCUGCAGGGGUGAGCCGCUCAGCCACGCUGUGUAUCGCGUACCUGAUGAAAUUCCACAACGUGUGCCUGCUGGAGGCGUACAACUGGGUGAAAGCCCGGCGACCUGUCAUCAGGCCCAACGUAGGCUUCUGGAGGCAACUGAUAGACUACGAGCGCCAGCUCUUUGGGAAGUCAACAGUUAAAAUGGUACAGACACCUUAUGGCAUAGUUCCCGACGUCUAUGAGAAGGAGUCCCGACACCUGAUGCCUUACUGGGGGAUUUAGUGCCACUGAAGCCUGUGUCAGCAGCCCGAGCGGGGCCAGCAUCUGCUCCCCGCCGUCUGCUCCCUCUCCUCUCUUCUCAAAUGGCUGACUUCUGGUUCUCCCUCAAGUGUUUUUUACACUGGGUGUUCAAAUUUAUUUUAAGAGAUAGGGAGGGAGGGGACAUAAAGGGAAUGCAUACAUUGCUAGUCACAUUUUUAAAAUUAACAUUUUGGAAUAGUGUUUAUGGAAAUCUUUAGCUUUUAAUCAUUUUUACCAAUUUGAACAGUUUAAUAAACUGGUUCUGCUGUCUUCUGAAUCUCAUGCCUUUGGCACCUUGGUAGGUGCAGGAGGAGCUCAGUGCAAAAAUCACUUUGGGGCCUCAUUAACCCUUUAGAGACAAGCUUUGCCCCAGGCUGCGGACCAGACAGAUGCUUAGGGAAGGUUGAUACCAGCUUCAGUCUCUACUGGAUUAGCCCUACUCUUUCCUUUUCCCUCCAUUAUUUAGUGACUCUGUAAGUUAAAUACACCCUUAUUAUUUAGCUGUUAAGUAACUAUAAUGAAAUCUGCUGCAAAAACUCUCUUGGAAUCCAUGUGCCCAGGAUUAUAUUAGCAUUAUUUUUAAUAAAUCUAUAUGCUUAACAUA